AUAAUAAAACAGACAUGCUCUGCAACUGUUGCGCUCUUGCCUCCUCCUCCCUACUCUUUGGCUUCUUUCGUUUUUGUUUUUGGUGCCGCUUGGUUGGUUGGUUAGUUGGUCCGUUGAUCUUUUUCAUGCAUUUGUUCAGAGCUCUCUUAGCUUUGGCGUGCUCUGCUGAAAGAAACAUAUCAGAGAAAAGAGAAAGAGAGUGGGUGGGAGGGCUUCGUGCGAAACCGCUGCUGAGGGCUGCUUCGUUCUCUGCUUUUGUUCCGGAGAACGAAAUGAUUGGGUAAAAGCGAGUGUUUGGUGGGAGGAAAAGCGUCGUUUGGAGGCUCUUGUAGUUGUUUGGGUGCGCUCUAUUGAAGGCGAUGAUGAGUUGGACAAAUUGUGUUGAGCAAUUCUUGUCAAUAUAAAGUGGAAUUUCGCGGGCGUGAAUUUCAAGGUCAAAAUUCUUGUUGCCGAAUUGAGCUGCGAUAAAACCUCUUUGCUGUUACUGCUCAGCCAUGUUUGAGAAAGCUUGAACUCUUGUAGCUUUUUAUACGAUUGGUUCGAGAAGUUUUCUUAAAGCAGUCCAGGUGGGCAUGCAAGGAAUCUUAAUAUCUAACACAGUAGCCGAAGAUUGAUUAGGUUCAUUUAAGAGCAAAAUCCAAAGCACUUCUUCUAUAUCAGAAAAACUUUGAGAGAAUGGGUUCGAAUCCUUCGGAAAUGCAGGAACCGAGCAUCGACACCGACAAGCUCAGCUACGAAAUUUUCUCCAUCCUGGAGAGCAAGUUCCUGUUUGGCUACGACGAUCAGAAGCUCUGGAUCCCCAAGCCCAUCGCUCCCGCGCCCACUGAAGUUCAGCUUCAAGCUCAGUCCCAACUGGCCGCCGCAGAUAAUAGCGUCUCGGCGAUCAAGAACCAGAGAGGCAAAGUCUGCAUUCUCAGCAUCGACGGCGCCGGCAUGCGAGGCAUUCUCUCCGGCAAAGCUCUGGCAUAUUUGGAGCACGCGCUCAAAUUGAAAUCCGGCAACCCGGACGCCAGAAUCGCCGAUUACUUCGACGUCUCGGCCGGCUCCGGCAUCGGAGGCAUUUUCAGCGCGAUGCUCUUUGCCACGAAGGACCAGAGCCGUCCGAUUUUCAAGGCCGAGGACACGUGGAGGUUUCUCGCUGAACAGGGGAAGAGGUUUUACCGCUCCUCCUCUGGUUCUAGCUCUAACGGCGGUGGUGGCUUCUUCCGACGGCUGAUCAGAGGCGGCUCGGGUAGCCCGACGGGCGCGUCCACGGCCGGUCUAGAGAAAGCGAUGAAAGAGGCUUUCACUGAGAACAACCGUACCUUGACGCUCAAGGAUACGUUGAAACCAGUUUUGAUCCCUUGCUACGACCUGUCCAGUACGGCGCCAUUUCUGUUCUCCCGAGCCGAUGCUCUCGAGACCGAUAGCUUCGACUUCCGCCUCUGGGAGGUCUGCCGCGCCACGUCAGCGGAGCCGAGCCUGUUCGAACCGGUCCAAAUGCGGUCCGUUGACGGCCAAAGCCGGUGCAUCGCGGUCGACGGCGGUCUAGCAAUGAGCAACCCGACCGCCGCGGCGAUCACACACGUGCUGCACAACAAGCAAGAGUUCCCAUUCGUGCGAGGAGUGGAGGACCUGUUGGUGCUCUCUAUAGGGACGGGUCAGUUGCUGGAGGUGAACUACGAGUGCGAUCAGAUCAAGAAUUGGAGGGCCAAGGAAUGGGCUAGACCCAUGGCUCGGAUCUCCGGGGACGGCUCGGCCGAGUUGGUGGACCAGUCUGUGGCCAUGGCAUUUGGCCAGUGUAGAAGCAGUAACUACGUGCGCAUUCAGGCAAAUGGGUCAAGCUUGGGGCGGUGUGGACCCAAUGUGGAUACAGACGCAAGUCCCAGCAAUGUAAAGAUGCUCAUUGGACUAGCAGAUGAGAUGCUAAAACAGAAGAAUGUUGAAUCGGUGCUCUUUGGAGGCAAGAGGAUUGGAGAGCCACGCAAUUUCGAGAAGCUUGACUGGUUUGCUGGAGAACUAGUGUUGGAGCAUCAGAGAAGGAGUUGCAGAAUAGCUCCCACUGUAGCUUUCAAGCAAGCUACACCAAAACACACCUAGACUACUGCCAACAACGUCACAACCAAUCUAAAGAAAUUGUGCAAAAGAUAUUUGAAAAAAAAAAAAAAAAAAAAAAAAAAAAAAACGAAGCAAUGAAGAAGAAAAGUAAUAUAAUAGCCAGCUUUUACUUUUUGGAAGUGAACAAGAGGAGGACAGGGAAUUCAAUGAAAAGGACAAGUAGUGUUAAAAGGGUGAAAGAUCUUAAUGGGAUACUUUGCCUGCUAGAGGACAGACAUUGUGGUGUCCACUCCACCUUUCUACAAUGGCAAGCAACCAAGAACAAAAGCAAGUUAGUUCAAGCUUUUGAAGGUCAAACAAGUAUCAGGUGUGAACCUUUAAUGUUUUGGUUGGGAAAAUUGUUUCCAUAUUUCUUCCCAAGCCUACUUUUUUUUUUUUACAUAGAGUUUUGCUUAUUGUUCUCCUUAAUUUCUCUGUUUUUUUCAUCCUAGCCUCAAGAAACUUGAGUGUGGGUGGUGGGCUACCUUUGUGAUGAAAACCCAGAAACAUGGCCAAAGUUAUUUGUCUGACUUUGGUCUUUAUUUUUUGUCCCUUUUUUUUUUUCUUUUUCUUCAAUAUAGAUGAUUGUAGUGGUGGAGAAGAGAUUGGAGAUUGGGUAUCUUUUUUAGCAGCCGACCAUUUCUCCUGAGAUUGGAAUUGGUGGAGGGCGACUAGUUGAUGGACCCUUUCUAAACAUUUACAUAUCUUUCUUUCUUUCUUUUUGUAUUUUCAACCUUUUAUUAUAGGUUUUGUGGGUCUACUUGAAUUUUCUAUCUCUUGAAAUGCUCAUUAUUACAGGAUUGUUAUAAGCAACUUGUAAAUUUCUGUAUGUUAAGAAGUGAUGGCGGUAGUUGAUGUUUGGCUCAA